UUCGCUUCUAUACGGUUUUAGUUAUGCUGGAAAGUUGGAGCGCAUCCUGUUCUCAGACAAGAUAGCGCUCCCCCCUGCUGAAUAACAAGGCUGGAAAUCAAGUAGGGGAGAAAACAAAAGGAAACGCGGCUCCUCUUUAUGAGACCUCGCUGUGGACAUGGGACAUUUUCCAACUGACUCAUCUUCUUAAUGGAACAAAUGUGGACUUAUCGAGCGUGGCAAAGCAGGGCAUGGCUUUAAGCAUGUGUCUUCGUGUGUUCGUCCAGGACUCCUGCUGCUAUGUGUGCUAGCCUCUCAAGUGUCGUAUGCCGGAAGCAAGCCCAUUGACUUUGUGUGCAGCCGAUCGGCAAGGAGAGCAAUGAACAUUGUGGCAGAGAUGCAGACUGCGCUGAACAACUGCAACAGUUCCACCAUCCUGCCCACGCCAGUUCAACUGCCCUGCACGGAGCUCCACGUAGCAUCUUGGGAACGAAAAUCCCACCACGAGAGGAGACAAGACAUCAGUGCAUCGUUGAGGCAUCUUUUUGAGAGUGUCAAGGUUGCGAGGCCCAUCGGCCAGGCGGAAUGUGGUUCAGUGCUUUUGCUGAGACUGGAACGUAACAUCAACAGCUACCUCCUCAUCCUCACACAUCUUCAAUUGAGUGUAAGAGGUUGUCAAGGAGCAGCAGGAGGCAGUGGAAAGCACGGAAUCGUCUUGUGUUCCUCGAAGUACUCGCAGUCUGAGCACGUUGCUGCUCAGCUACAGGCGGCUCAUCACGGGAAAACUGGAGCGGUUGAUGAUGAGCCUGGAAAGCGAAUGUACUCUCCAGUCAUGAGAGGAGCAUCUCCAACAAACCAACUUUUCAUCUGUUCAGCCCCAAUGAUGAACACUGCGAAAAAAAUGGAGCUUUAUCCAGAAUUGGAAAUCUGCGAGGAUGUUGCUCAUCACAGAGCUGAAGGCAUGUUGUUCUUCUUCGGACUAACUAGUUGAGUCAACUGAAUUGCAUACCUAACAAACAGCCACUGUCAAGUGGUUGUAGCCAAUUAAUGCACUCCAUUUUUUCAUCUUUCUUUAAAGGAGCCAUUUUAUGUAUUUUUUUGCCCCCUGCCAUUUAAAACAGCUCCCAGGUUCAUUAAUAACAUGUCUGCCAUGUCAAUAAAUACACCAAGGGUAAAAAUGAUAGACCCUUUACACACCCUUAUCAUGCCUUGUUGAAAUUAGCCCAUUUUCAGUGGGUGGUCCUAUCUCAGGGAAGAGAGCCAGCCACUGGAAGCCCAUCCCCAUAUAAUGAUGGGCAAAUGGCAAGUGUGGAGUUUUGUUUUUUUUUUUUUUUUUUUUUACAAUGACAACCGUUAGUGGAGACAUGUGACUGAAUCUGCAAGCAAGCGGCUUCGAAACUUCACCACACAAAUAUCAUAUCACCCCCACCAAUACCCCAAUAACUUGUGCCGUUUAUCAGAAGCGACGUUGGCUAAUCUGUGCAUUCAACAUUGCAGCUUUGCUUACCUUUCGGCUUCGACACGACAGCAGUGCAUCUACAGGGAUGUAGGUGUUUCUGUGCAACUGUGUUUGAGACAGUAUAGUUUGACGGUUGCCUGAAAGUGGCUCUAGAUCUUCACCCAGCCCAGCUAAUCAUGUCAUGUGCAUUGAAAUUCUGCGAAGGGAUGGUAAAAUGUAAACAAGCCAUUUGUGAUGUU